AUGAGCUGCAUCCAGAUGAACAAUACAGGGGACGACAAGCUUCAGGUCCCCGGAUUCGGCGAUAUUCCUAUCGAUUAUGAACUACCUACCGGUGAACGCUUUGCACAUGGAGCCCUGGAGAUUCUCGACCUUGGUGGCCGAGGUCGAGGUCGAGCUCAGCGUUUGACAUUCCCCGAAGUUAUGAUGUUACGCCUUAUGGGACGAGUGACCGAAAAGCCAAACUGGGAGCGCGGUAUCUUUGAUGAAAACAUCGUCGGCCAGUGGCAUACUGAUGCUCUGUCUACUUGGAAAGCGGAACGCUAUUUAGAACUAGACUGGGAUGUCUGCAUCGAUAUGGACCUCGUCACUCCCAAAAUGUGGGAAUGGUGCAAAAUGGAGCUAAUAGAUAAGGCCGUUCAAUUCCAAGAAACCGGUCAUAUUCUCACUUUCAAUGCCGACUCUGGAGUUUGCAAAUCGGACCUUGGGAGGGAGUCGCAGCACGAUUUGCAGGAGGCAUUCUCCAUGCUCCGAAAUCCAUCAAUGAAAGGAGUCAAUCGGAACCCAGUUCUUGAUCUGGUUGACCCCUCACUAUUUCAGCUGGCAUGUGGUCGCUCUUCCGUGUUUGACCAGGGAGGCCGGGUCAAUUUGGUUGAUAAUGGGAUUUCCAGUCCGCUUACAUCCAAUGCCCACGUCCCGCCAACCCCAGAGCAUCCCGACGAGAAAGUGAAGGCGAAAUACCCGAAGCAGACAUUCCUACCGGAUAGUCGUCUUAUUUGUCACAUGUACCGCUGGUCCAAUCGAUUCCAGUGGUUACCUUGCGAGGUAUCACUCGGCCUUAAGGCUACAGAUGUGCGAAUUAUGUCCUAUAUCAACAAUCUGCAUCCCAAAAACGCGCAGGCCUAUCGUGCCAUAGAGAGACUGAUCUCUACGAGCCUAGACCCCUGA